AGUGACUUACUCAGACCAGUCAAAGCUUCAUCCUUCAGCUCUACUCCAACGGCUCUGUUGCUCGCCUUUACACGUCCCGCUGACUCAAAGAGAAAUUUUGCUUCAUACUGAAAGAGAUAUAACCUGGGUUGUCAGAAUGCUUAACGCAGAGCUCUUAGAAGUCACCCCCACAAGCCUCGCCUACAUCUGCCUGGGAGGAUUCAUUGUUGCAUUCUCAUCCAUAUCGCUUCUCGUUAAGGAAAAGUUGUACAUCAACGAAGUCAUCCUCGGAACUGCUUUCGGUAUCAUUGUCGGCCCCCACUGUGCCAAUAUCUUCGAUCCUCGCUCGUGGGGCUCCUCAACCAAUGACAUUACACUGGAAGUCAUGCGGGUGAUCCUUGCUACAGGGCUGUUCGCCAUUGGUGUAGAGCUUCCUGGAUCGUACAUGAAGAGACAUGCUCGUGGGCUUGCUGUUUUAGUCGUGCCUACCAUGGCAUUGGGAUGGCUCACCAUCUCUGCGAUCAUGUACCUCAUCUUCCCCAACCUCGCUUUCAUUUCCUGUCUCGCAGUCACGGCGUGCUUGACGCCGACCGACCCUAUUAUCUGUGCCACAAUCGUGGGCGGGUCCUGGGCACUCAAGCACGUACCACGCAACCUGCGGUUGCUCAUCUCAGCUGAAUCGGCAGCCAACGAUGGGCUCGCAUAUCCAUUCCUGAGCAUCUCUAUCUACUUGACGGUCGAGGCGUCGAGGAAGGUGGCGAUUGGGAAGUGGUUCUUGGUGGGCUGGCUAUAUGAAGUCAUCCUGGGUAUCGUCCUGGGAUCUAUCAUGGGAUUGAGCUUCUCGUAUCUCAUGAAGGUCUCGCAUCGAAGGGGCUUCAUCGAUCGACAAUCUUAUAUCGCGCAAUAUCUUGCCUUGGCCCUGUUCACUACAGGUGUUGCCUCAACCAUCGGCAGCGACGACUUGCUGGCUGCAUUCGCAUGCGGGAAUGCUAUCUCUUGGGACCAGCACUUCAACGAGAUCACAGAGAACGAAGUUUUCUCCUCUGUAAUCGACCUCGUGCUCAACUGUGGCUGCUUUGUCUAUAUCGGUGCGUGGAUGCCUUUCGAGGCAUUCAACAGUCCGGAAAUUGGAAUCACCCCCUGGCGUUUGGUCGUGUUGUUUUUGACCAUCUUGGCACUGCGACGGAUCCCUGUAGUGUUGUUGCUGUAUCGAUUCGUGCCGGAGAUCAAGACGUGGAAGGAGGCACUUUUUACAGGUCAUUUUGGACCAAUGGGUGUCGGGGCAGUUUUUGUGUCCACGCUUGCCGCGUCGCGACUUCCUCGGCCAAACAAUCCACCAGCGGAUCAACAAGAGCUUCUGGCUGCCACGAUACAACCCAUCGUCGCAUUUGUCGUGCUGGGGUCGAUCAUCGUCCACGGUCUUUCGAUCCCGUUCUUCACGCUCAGCGGCAAUAUGCAAUCCCGCACUCGCUCGCUCAUGGUGACGUUGUCACGCCACGAUACGGUCGAUUGGCUCAUCGGCACGCGCCGGGAUCGGCCUGCUUUGCCGACUAGGGAAGACGGAGACUUGUCCCAGACUGCUACUGUCAUCGAAAUUGUCACUGGCCAAGCCGCUCCGCCUCAGGACACUUCUGAACACAACGAGCAGCCGCAUAUCACCACUUCCCAAUAACAUUGACUGGGGGCGUCCAGUCCAGAAGGACGCCUUCGGGGAGAGCAUAGUAGAUCAGACAGUCUGGACAAAGAAAAUGAAUCCACGCUUUUCUCUGA